AUGGCAUUUCCCUACAAGCACGUCCUCCUCAUCGGAGCUACUGCAGGAAUCGGCCGCGCCAUGGCAGACCGCUUCCUCGCGACAGGCGUCAAAGUCACCGCAGUCGGCCGUCGCCAGGACCGCCUCGACGACUUUGUGAACAAAGAUGAAACGGGAAACGCCAGUGCCAUGGCUUUUGACAUUUCUGAGAUCUCAAAAACCCAGGAUUUUGCUGAUAGCGUGAUGAAGAGCCACCCCGACAUCGACUGCCUCUUCCUCAACGCAGGUGUUCAGAGCUCAUAUGACCUAAGCGACCCAGCCUGCUUUGAUAUGGGAAAAUUUCAGAAUGAGCUUCACGUCAACUAUAUUAGCCUUGUCGCGCUGGCGCAUGCAUUUGUCCCUAUUUUCACCAAGAAGGACACGCUAACCAGCUUCAUCUUCACUGGCUCCAAUAUCGCCAUCGUUCCCGCCACCACGCUGCCCGCCUACUGCGCAUCCAAAGCGGCACUGAACGUCUUCACGCUCUGUCUGCGGGAGCACCUACAACACACCAACGUCAAAGUGAUCGAAUUAUCUCCCCCCGCUGUUCAAACCGAACUGCACGACUACAUGGGCGAGAGGGGCCGGGCCCUGGGUAUGCCUUUGGAUCAAUUCAUCGAUCAAGCGCACGAGGGUCUUCUUGCGGGCAAGGAUCAGAUUAUUAUUGGUGCUAUUGGGCCUGCGGAGACAUUUAAUGAGAUUGUUGAUAAGCGGCGAGCGGCGUUUGAUGGUCUGGCGAAGAUCAUGCGGAGCCAUUAG